AUUUUUAUUUUUUUUUCAAUUGAGAAAGAUCUAUUUGUAUACAUAUAAAAUUAUGCCAUCAGGUUCCAAAAAGAGAAAAUCUUCCAAGAAAAAAAAGAAAUUGGGAGCAAAUAAUAAUAAUGACAAUAAUAAUAAUAAUAAUCCACAAGUAUCAAGCUUUGCUAUUGCUGUUAAUUCUCAGUCUCAUGGUAAGGAGGAUUUGAAACAUGGUGGUAAAAAAGAGACUGAUGGCGGGGAUGUUAGUUACUCAGCUUCUCAAGAUCACCAGUUCAAUGAUAAAGAGGGAACUAGGGAGAAGCAAUUGGAAAUUCCACAUAGUGAGUCGUCGAUUGAUAAUAACAAAUCAAAUGCAUUGGAAAAAGGGAGUAAUGAAGUGAAUAAAGUAGCAAUGGUAGAGGGAUCAGGUAUCGUUCAGGUCGAAAGAGAAUUGAAGCUUGAGGGUGAAUCUAUGAGAAAUAACAUUGAUAUUGAGCGUGUUGAACCCGUGAGAUUCCCUCAUGAAGGAGGCUUACGAAGGAGGUCAAGUAGCAGCAGCAAACCUGCUAUGUCAGAUGACAUAGUUCAGGUGGCCACAAGCGCUUCAGAUAUUGAUAAUGUGGCCUUUGGAUCAUCGGAGAAGGAAAAUGAGAAGAGAGAAUUGGGUGUUAUCGAUGAGAAAACCAGAACGUCAGACGUUGUUGUGGAUACAGGAUUACAGAAAAGGGACUAUGAAGCUGUAGCAACUUCAAAUGCAAAGCCCUCCAAGGCUGUAAAAGAUGACGAUAAACUAGAGAUUCCGUACGAUGUGCCUGCAGUUGAUGCUGGUGUUCGUGCAAACAACAUGGAAGGUUCUCCCCAUGAGCAUCAGCCACUAGUAGCUUUGGAUCCACGACCAGUGCAAACAACUUCCUGGAAGAGUUGCUGUGGCUUGUUUGAGGUGCUUGCAGGAUCGAAUAAAUAACUUCAGAUUUGAGAUGCAUUAUGAUUCCAAGCAAAACGUUUUUCGUGAAGCAGAGGAGAGUCAUGUGGAAGGUUGAGUUAUACAAUCUAUAUUUCUGUUAUCCUUGUUUUAUGAUAAGCAGCUCGACACCCCUCCGUUGUUUCUUGGUACUGCUUUACGUGCUUUCUGCUGUCGUUAGCUUAUUGGCGCGAUGGAUCCAGUAAAAGAGAGAGAGAAUUGUUUCUUUAGUUGCCUGGGAA